UACUUCCACGGCAAGGCAAACAACCGGCCGGCCGGCCGCCCGCCACCGCCAUCACUGCCGUGUGCCGUCCUCCCACACAGCACUCCGAUUCCCAGCUCCGACUCCACCCUGCAUGGACUGAAUCCCUAUCACUAGACCAGCCCUCGCUUGCGCUACACAUAGCGAUGAGCUCCUCGCCGGCGAUCGCGGCCGCGUCGGCGGCCGUAGUGGCGCUGGCCGUCGCUAACCGCGUGCUCUACAAGCUCGCGCUGGUGCCCCUCAAGGAGUACCCCUUCUUCCUCGCCCAGCUCACCACCUUCGGGUACGUGUUCGUGUACUUCUCGAUCCUCUAUGCGAGGUACCGUGCCGGGGUGGUGUCCCGAGAAAUGCUUGCACUGCCAAAGAGCCGGUUUGCCGCCAUCGGCUUGCUGGAGGCUCUUGGGGUCGCAGCUGGAAUGUCUGCUGGAGCUAUGUUGCCUGGCCCUGCCAUUCCUAUACUGUCUCAGUCUUUCCUGGUGUGGCAGCUUAUCUUCUCUGCGUUGCUUUUGGGAAGGACCUAUUCAUUGAGACAGAUUAUUGGUUGCUUCCUUGUAACUUCUGGUGUUGUUUUUGCUGUUGCGAGUGGAGUGGAUGAUGGUCACCUUCUAUCUGGAGUCAAGUUUAUAUGGCCAUUACUGAUGGUUCUUUCAUCAGCAUUUCAAGCUGGUGCAUCUAUUUUGAAGGAGUCUGUUUUCGUAGAUGGUGCAAAGCGUCUUCAGGGGAAGCGGCCUGACAUCUUUGUGGUUAAUUCAUUCGGAUCUGGGUUUCAGGCCCUAUUUGUUUUUCUUCUUCUCCCGUUGCUCUCUAAUUUGAGGGGGAUUAAGCUUGCUGAGCUCUCUGGUCAUUUAAAUGGUGGUGCUGAGUGCUUCUUAAACGUUGGGGAAAGCCCGAUUGAUUGCGGAGGUGCUCCAUUCCUACCAUUGCUUUUUAUACUGGUGAACAUGGCUUUCAAUAUCUCGUUGCUUAAUUUGGUGAAGAUGUCAUCUGCCCUGGUUGCUUCACUUACAGCAACUUCAGCAGUGCCAAUAUCAAUCUACAUUCUUUCUCUUCCUUUGCCCUACAUCCCUCAAGGCGCAAAGCUAAGCACAUCUUUUAUCAUCGGUGUUGCGGUAUUGCUGAUGGGCCUGAUCCUAUAUAACCUUCCCCAAUCAUCUAAAGAGUCAAAGGCUGAUUGAGACCUUCAUAAGGCGAUUGAGUGUACAUCGGCACUGCUACAGAAACUCAAUUAUUUGUUUGGUCUUGAAGCUAAUGAAAGAUUUCAAGGUUGAUGCCACCAGAUUUGUUAAGUACUCUGUCGGUUUGUUGUAGCAUAGAUACGUGGUACUUUCAAGUUCUAACAAUUUAUUGAACAGUAGUACAUACAUGUAAUUACGUUUCCCCAUGUAUAUAUGUCAAAUUUGUCACCUUAAAGAGCACUGCAGAAGCUGCAAGUCGUAAUAUACAGCAUAUUAGUCCAGACAACUGACUGUAAUUUACGUUGACUGCUGUCUUUUUCUCCA